AGACCAUACAGGAUGUCUCGCGAGCGAUAUCAGCCCUUCAAACGCUUUCAGAAGAGAACCCAGAGGUUUUUUCUGCUCAUUACAAUGAUAUCAAGAGACUAUACAACUCCUUCAAAUCUUUAUUAGGAAGUUCGAACCAUAUUACUCGCGUCCAGGAGCAGACACUGCCAGAUCAAGCCAUUCGACAACGGGAUGAAAAAGCAGCAUACAGCGUAAUGCGCUACUUGUCGAAAAGAACACACGAGAUAGAGACAUUCAGCAAGAAGAAAGUCUCUGAUAUUAUCAUUAGUGACAGGAAGAGUGAAGACUUUCGCGUCCGAGACGGCAAGCAAGCGGUCGCGAACAACAGUAUGGAGGUACGAUUCAGAGCUGGACUAGGGGUAUCUUCACUGGCAGAAGACUUUCUGAAAUAUUCAGACGAGAUUUGCCAACACUCAAAACUGGAUGAAAUGCUCCUCAAUUCCAAGAAAGGAUCGAGCUAUCAACAAUACACUGAGAUAUGUCCCCAUUUCACCGACAAGAGGGGAGCUGCUCUAUUAAUCGGGAUUGGCAUCAAGUUCAAAUUUCUCGAGAGAAUCCUAAAGACAAAACUUCAGGAGCUCUCUGUGAAUACGGAACUCUCAGACUCGCUUCCUCUUUCUUAUGUCUGGAUAACAUUUUUUGCGUGGAGCUAUAUCCCACGCUGUUCGCCUAACGCCUUACAAGUGAUUGCCCAGAAUCUUAUAUCCGGCGAGGUUUGGAAGAACCUAGCAGCAAGCGCAAGGUCUUGGCGAGAUGAAUGCUCUGAAACUUACAGAUCACUUUGUUUCAGUUGCUCGCCCGCAUAUGGAUUUGCUCGUUCAUCGUCAUCUUCUGGAUCAAGUGCUAUAGAUGGGGCCAUAUUCUCUCAAUGCUCUCAACCUUCUCUUGAAGCUCCUGACACAGAUGGAGCAGCUGCAUCUACUUCCCCAUCUUCAUCUUCGGAGAUACUCGGCCCAGAGAAUGUGGUUGAAAAGCCAGUAUCUGUACCUACUCUUGUCAACCCCUUACCGCCUUCUUCCUUGUCAGAAACCUCGAAUUCAGCUGAUGUUGUGUCCUCCCCGAAUCCGCCUCUAACCACCAAGCGCCGGCUCUCAAGCGGCGCAAUUCCUAUUCCUAGUAAACACCAAAGGACAAUGGAUCAUGAGCCUGAUGAUGAUGUAUACACCAAUGCAACGGUACCAGAACUCCAUUCUAUUUCAGACUCGGAUCCAUUUGGUCCAGAUAUGGAGCAUACUGUGCUUGCAAGCAUAGCACAAGGUGUUUCUAUUCCGACUGUGACACUUUCUCCAUAUAAUCCAAAUCCCGAUAUCGACAUCUGGAAUUGUCCAAUCUUCUCUGAAACGCUUCUCAGUGAUGAAAGUUCUAGGGUUCCAUCCAGCCCCGCGAUUCUCGAUGUCGAUAUCUGGAACAUCCCAGUAUUUUCAGAAGGUUUUGAACCCGGUGAUGACGUGAUUCCAGAUAACCCACUGAUAAGUUCAAUUAAUCCACCCGGUGAAAAUGUUGAUAGUUGGGACGACCCGAUGGCUCACACGAGUACCCAAGAUCGCAAUGACAAUCACUCCAAGCCAGUUCUUCCCGUACAGAGAUCGAUAUUUGGAAUGACCCGACAUUCUUUACCGGUACGCGAGAUGGUUAUAACGAUGCUUACAGCUCUGGGCUCUUCCCAGAAAGCUCGUCAAGUACAGGCAUUAACAUUUGGGAGCAUCCGGUGAUAAUGUCGGGUUUACAAGAUGGUGAUGACAGCUCUUAUGGACAUCUUGCAGAUCGAUUAAAUAUUCCAGCUACAUGA